AUCGUAUAAAUAUAAAUAAUUAAUUGAUAAAAAAUAUAUAGAGCUAUGUAUAUAUAUAUACAUAUCUAUAAUUAAAGCUUCUCUUCUGCUUCAAUUCCAAAACGCUUUGGACUUCUCCGCCUCUUCCCUUCCCCCUCUCCUUCCGUGGAUUAUUUUUUUUGUAUUCUUUGGUGUUGCAGGGUAAAUGGCGAGGAGUUCCUUCAAGCAAGAUCAUGACCUUGUUGCAGAGAAGAGACGGGCGGAGGCUGCUAGGAUCAGGGAGAAGUACCCGGAUAGAAUUCCCGUGAUUGUGGAGAAGGCGGACAGAAGUGAUAUUCCAAAUAUUGACAAGAAAAAGUAUUUGGUUCCAGCUGACUUGACUGUUGGGCAGUUUGUCUAUGUCAUUCGCAAGAGAAUUAAAUUAAGUGCAGAGAGGGCCAUCUUCAUAUUCGUUGACAAUGUGCUUCCGCCUACAGGAGCCAUAAUGUCUACAAUUUAUGAUGAGAAGAAAGAUGAAGAUGGGUUUCUCUAUGUCACAUACAGUGGAGAGAACACAUUUGGGCUUGAGAUUCUCGUCUAGACUCUAGACAUGAAUAAUGAGAAAAACAAAGAAAAUAUGAAAUGGUGAUCUAGACUUCAUUCUCGCUAUAUGCGCCUUCCACUUAUUCCCAUGAUUUCAGCUUUUUUUUUUUUACUUUCUCCAUGUAAGCAUUCAAUGCCCAUGAAAGACUCACUUGCCAGUUAUAAAUUGUACAGUCCAUACUGUAUUUAGCUUUCAUGGGAUUAAAACUAUUCUAGACAUCCGUGCAAUGAUUUAUAUAAACUACUCCAAUUGAAGUUGUUAUUCAAGUUUUCUUUUCUU